AGUGUGGCUGGCAGGCAGGCAGAGGGGGAAUCGCCAGGAUCUGGGAUAUAUCUGGGAAAAAGGGCAGUCGGUGAACAAACCGGCAGAAAAUCCCCGCCGGAGUUGUGAGCAACACCCCGCGGAGAGCUGCGCUCCGUCUCCCCGCUGCUGGCUGCGGGUUUUUCCUCCCAGGAAUCUCCUCUGGAUCAGACCCUCUCAGGUGACUGAAUCGGUCGUCUUGGAGCUGCCCUGAGCUGUUUGCACACCAAAGAUGGAUCAGCUUUCAGAUGAGGAGGUAGAGGUCAGGGGGGAGGAAGAUGAGGAAGAAGAGGACAGUGAUAAGGACGACCAGGACCUGGAUAAGAUGUUUGGAGCCUGGCUGGGAGAACUGGACAAGCUGACCCAGAGCUUGGAUGACGGCCGUCCGGAAGGUUCCCCUCAACAGAAAGCUCCCCUCAGACAGGAGACCAACAUGGCGAACUUCUCCUACAGAUUCUCCAUCUAUAACAUCAAUGAGGCCCUGAAUCAGGGGGAGAAUGUGGACCUAAACGCCCUCAUGGCCGACCUCUCGUCCAUCGAGCAGGAGCUCAGCACCAUCAACACCAAGUCCAGUAGCAGCGGAAUGGCCCGGCUGGGACUCACAGACACCAAGGUGAGGCAGAAGCCUCCGGCUGGGCGCAGCAGCAGGCAGCCGUCGACAGGGGGCGCCGGUGCUGUUAACAGUGUCUCUGGUGGGGGGGGCAGCAGCGGGGCGAGCAGCAGCAGCAGCAGCACCAGAGCGUCUCCGGCCGGAACCAUCAGAGCUCCAAGCGGCCAGCAGGGGAGGCCGGCGCUGGCGUCCAACUUCAGCCUGGAUGACAUCACGGCUCAGCUGGAGAAGGCGUCUCUCAGCAUGGAUGAAGCUGCACGACAAACCUCCUCUCACUCUCUUAGCUCCGCCUCCUCCUACACGUCAGCCUCGGUGCGACGGCCAGGAUCCUCUCAGCGUCAACAUCGACGGACAGGAUCAGUGGGCACGGUCAGCGAGCAUGAGGUGCGUUCGUUUGUCCACUCCUCCCGCUCCUCUGUCACAUCAGCGUCCGGCAUCUCUGUUAACUCCGCCUCCUCCAUGGAUUCCCUGGACAGCGUCCUGCACUGUCAAGCUGACGGCCCACAGCCGGGUGAAGGAGCCGGUCAGGGGCAUCCAAACACAGAGCACUCCUAUCUGGACAGGGAAACCUCUCUGAUUCUGAGAAACAUUGCAGGAAAACCCUCCCACCUGCUGACCAAGGAGGAACAGGCUGCCAAGCUAAAAGCGGAGAAUAUCCGGGUGGCUUUGGAGAAGAUCAAGGAGGCGCAGGUGAAGAAGCCUAGAGUCCAGAGGCUGAAAGCGCUGCCAGGAGACAUGGGGUGGGCUGUAGGGGGGCAGCUACCCAGCAGCGGGACUGCUACCCUCGCCUUGGUGCAGGGAGGAACAGGAGGAGCACUGCCAGGGUCCUGCAGAAUGACCUCCAGCAGGCCACAAAUCUUCAUGUGUCUGCAAAAACAGCUCAAUGAGGAUGAACGGAUCUUCGAGGAUCAUGAGAACCUGGUGGAGAACCUGCUGAACUGGACCAGAGACAGCCAGAACCGCCUCAUGUUCACCGAGCGCAUCGAGAAGUACGCCCUGUUCAAAAACCCGCAGAACUACUUACUGGGGCGGAAGGAGACGUGUGAGAUGGCAGAAAGAAACAAAGAAGCUCUGUUAGAGGAGUGUUUUGGAGGCAGUUCGGUGUCCGUCCCUGAGAUGGAGGGAGUGUUGUGGCUGAAGGAGGACGGAAAAAAGUCAUGGAAGAAACGCUACUUCCUGCUCAGGGCAUCUGGGAUCUACUACGUCCCAAAGGGCAAGGCCAAGACUUCCAGGGACCUGGUUUGUUUCCUCCAGCUGGAUCACGUCAACGUUUAUCUUGGUCAUGACUACAAGAGCAAGUACAAGGCUCCUACAGACUACUGCAUGGUGCUAAAGCACCCACAGAUCCAGAAGAAGUCUCAGUAUAUAAAGUACCUGUGCUGCGAUGACAUCAGAACCCUCCAGCAAUGGAUCAACAGUAUCCGCAUCGCAAAGUACGGGAAGCAGCUGUACAUCAACUUCCAGGAAGCCAUGAGGAGAACCGAGGCAGCCUAUGAUUGGUCCUCCCUCUCCUCUUCCUCCAUCAAGUCUGGAUCCAGCUCUUCCAGCCUUCCAGAGUCCCAGUCCAACCACUCCAGCCAAUCAGACAGCGGCGUCUCGGAGCUGGCUUCGUCAGGACACACCCGCUCCCAGAGUGUGGUCAGCUCCAUCUUCUCCGACGCCUGGAGGAGAGGAACGCAGGGAGAGAUGAUGAAGAUGGACACCAUCAGUAGGCCCAUCCCAGUCCAGAUACCCAGCCUCUCCCCCCAGCCUCAGACCCCUCCCUCGCGGAGCAGCUACACCGAUGGGCUCCUUCCGUCUGAGGAAGACUCCUCCUCUCCGUCCCCGCCCUCGCCUCCGCCCCCUCCUCCCCCUGUGGUGGGUGUGGCCCACCAGGCGGCGCCUCCUUCCUCCUACGUGAAGUACAGCACCCUGGCUCGUCUGCAGAGUCAGAACCAGCCCAGGACCCAAACGCCUGGUGGCACCAGCCCGGCCUCCCCUCCAGUACAGAACUUCAACACUUUGCCGGCGUCGUACGGGACCUCCCCUCCGUCCCCGCCUCCUCCGCCGCCACCAACGGCGCCGGCUCCCGGCUCCGCCAUGGCUGCCCUGAAGUUUGGUCCACCGAGCCCCAGCUCUCUGCCGCCCCCUCCUCUACUGGAGGAAGAGAUGCAGGAGCCCCACUGCCUCCCCCCUCCUCCCCCAGAGAGCCUUGAUGCCAAUGGCCUGCCCCCCCCUCCCCCUCCGGAGCCCCUCCCUAACCCCUGCCCUCAGCUGUCCAACUCGGGGCUGCAGCAGUUCCUGUCCCAGAAGUUUCCAAACAUGGUUUAUGACUUCCAGCCCGGCGCCCUGCAGGACGCCUCACCCCCACCCCCACCACCUCCCACUGAACUCUCUCCCCCAAAUUCGCUCCAAGCGCUCCGGCCUGUUUCACCUAACGCACCCCCCCCUGCUCCUCCCAAGACCUUCUCUGGGGUUUUCGCCCCGCUGACGGCUCCCAAACCGUCCGGCCCCUCCUCCCUCCCCAUCGCCCUCUCCCCCGUGUCUCCCACCCAAUCAUUUCCUGGACACGGUCCUGUCAGAAAGCAGCAGAGCUUCUCUACAGGACACUCCCCCAAUCAGCCCCCUCCCACUCUGCCCAAACAGCACAGCCUGUCCUCCAAAAACCUGUCCAUCUCCCCCUCCCCCUCCUCCUCCUCCAUCUCCAUCGCAGCCGCUACAUCCUCACUGGUCAAACAGAUCGUCAAUCAGUUUCCAGGAAACUCCUCUCCUCUGCCCACCUCUGGCUCCGCCCCCCUGUCGCCUCCUGCGGUGAAGGCCAAACCGAAGUGGCAGGUGGGGGGUGCAGCAGCUCCACAGUCACCAGAGUUCCCCCCGCCUCCCCCUGACGGCUCUUUAGGUGAUUUUCCGCCUCCCCCGUCAUCCACCUCCUCCUCCAAGACGGGCUCUCCUAUCAAGAAGUCCCCCUCGACCUCGUCUACAGGGUCCACCAAGCGUGGGCCCCCCCCGGCCCCGCAGAGAGCCUCCUCCAUCAAAGACGCUCAGGACGACAGGCCCAAGAAGGUGGAGAGUCUGCUGAGUAAAUUCGGCCAGGCUCCUCAGACGGGAACGUCGUCUAGCUCUUCCUCAGCGACGGGGUCUCCUUCGAAAGACUCCGCCCCCCUGCCAGCUCCGCCCCCCAAGCCAGGGAAGCUGAACCUGGCCAGUCUGCCUCUGGCCAUCCAGGGACUGCAGACGGGCCAGCAGCAGCCUGACUUCCCGUCGCCUCCUCUACCACCUCCUCCUUCCCACCAUCCUCACCUUGACUCGUCAGCCGACUACUUCCCUCCCCCGCCGCCCGAAUCUGAGCUCUUCCCUCCCCCGCCUCACCCCUCGGAGUUCCACCACCCUCCGAAGGUUGCCGUGGUGAACCCGCAGCCUCAGAUGCAGUCGGUAACAUCCUCCUUCUCGUCGUCGACGUCUUCUUCAUGGAAACAAGGCUCGCUGAAAAAAGGGGCGGCGCCCCCUCCAGCGCUGAAUCGGCGCAGCAGCAACACCACGGCGCAGUACGACAACACCAUCUCACUGCCUCUCUCGCCUCCCCCUCUGUCCCAAACCCCGCCCCCCUCCCUCUCCUCUUACUCCGCCUCCUCCUCUCCUAUCCCCCCCACCUCCCCAAAAUCAGCGGGGCCCGUCUCUCUGGCGUUAAAGCCUCACUUCCUGGAGGACCUCAACCGCACGCUGAAGAGAAAGUCGGUGUCGCGCCACGGCUCGCUCACCUCCUCGACCCUGAUCCCUUCCUCCAAGAUGGAGCCGGUCGGCACCAUGGACGACAUGGCCCUCCUCCCCCCUCCUCCCCCCGAACUCCUGCAGCAGCAGCAGCAGGGGGUGCGGGGGCACUCCCACACGCUGUCGCGGCACCAUGGGCGCUCCCAAUCAGCCAAACAUGGCAACAUCUCAGGCUAUGCAACGCUGCGGCGAGGCCCGCCUCCCGCCCCCCCCAAACGGGACCAAAGCACCAAACUGACCAGUGAUUGGUAGAAGGCCGCACCUCUGACUCUAAGCUCACAGACGGAACUGACCAAUCAGGUCUGAUUAGCUCUCCUUAGUCCCAAAAACAUUCCCUCCUGGAUGCUAAGCAAGUAGCAAACAGUCUUUCCUCCUGAUCUCAGAUUAAUCCUCAUUAUUCCUCAUUGUUACACGUUUAAUCCAACAUGAGGAUCAAUAGAAGUAUAUAAAUGAAUAUGUAUAAAGUUAGCAAGACAGACCCCCCCCCAUCCCACAGCCCGGCUUUUUUUUCACGUCAGUGCAGCUUUGCAUUAAAACAUAAACUAAAGACUAAAAGUGACAUUUGGCUGCAAUAUACCAGGUACUGCAUGGCGAGCGCCACGGAAGGAAGGAACCACGGAAGAGGAAGGUUGAUGAUGAUGAUGAUGAUGUGUAUAGGGUGGUGUGGGUUAGUGUGUGUGUCUGUGUGUGUGGCGAGGCAAUCCUUCGAGGGAGCGUUGUCGUUUAUUUCAUCCUUUUUUUUGCGUGUUUUUAUAUCAAAUUAUUUAAUACUGGAUAAAAAUAUUGUAAUAAUUAUUUUGAAUUUUAAGAAUCGACGAAGUUGGACUGUUUUCUACGAGCACCCGGUUAGCCAGACUGUUCAGGUCUGCUUUGGUUUCAUCAAAAUGUGUUACGGCUUCAUCCUGUUGUAUGUUUUUCAUAUUUCUCUGGGUUACGGCUACAGUUUAAUAAGAAGAAUUUAUUUUAAAGAUGAGGAAAACAAAUUUUCACCGUCUGAUCAGUCUUUAUCUAGGUUGUCCGCUCAGCUGAGAGCUUUUUCAUAUUUCUGUGAAGCAGCCGCUCCUCAGUGUAUUUAGGCGGGAUAGAUCAGGACAAAGAAGUGCAUAACUGUGAAGCUGAAGGAAAACAACGCAUGGUUUCCAUGGUUCCCAAAUAUUUUCAAAAUUGGCCAUUUUCCCCCCAUUCUCUACUAAAUUAAUGAUAGAAAAGUUUUUUUUUCUUGUAUUUCGCCUCAGUUGUCCAUCACUCUGACCUGCUUGAUCGUUCCUGCCAAAGAACAAUCCCACAGCAUGAUGCAGCCUCCACCAUGUUUUCUUGUGUGCUCAGGAUGAAGUUUGAAAAGAUCCUCUUCUUUCCACUCCUUCAUAAAGUAACGAUUUGUAAAGAACUUUGCUAUUAGUUACUGAAAGAAAAAAAAAAACAGGAAAUAAUUUUUCCUAAAAUAAUUUUAUUUUCUCUUGAUUUGAGGACGUAAGUCCGUUUACAGAGAAAAAAACUGAAUUUACAUCUAAACUAGAUAAAAUUUUAU